AUGCAGAUCAAGGACCGCACAUUCAUCGUUUCGGGCGGAAGCAGUGGGCUCGGCCUUGCAACCGCCUCUCUCCUUGUGCAGUCCGGCGCAUACGUCUCCAUCCUCGACCUCAACCCUCCUCCCUCAGACUCACAGCUUGACUCCUCGCGCAUCCUCUUCACCAAGACCAACGUGGCGUCCACCGAGUCCAUACAAACCGCCUUGCGAAACACUCUGAAAUGGAUCAAACAAGAUAUCUCUGCACCUCUUACCGGUGUCAUCUGCUCGGCAGGGAUCGGUACAGCCGCCCUCUCCCUACCCAAGCAAGAUCCUUCAGCAACCCACGAAACAGUCAAGUAUAUGGACAUGUCCGGCUUUGACCGGACGUUGGCAAUCAAUCUGCGUGGCACGGUUGACCUCAUCCGGCUGACGAUCCCGCAUAUGGCGCUCAACGAACCAUGGGGUCCGGACGGCGAGCGCGGUAUUAUCGUCGUGGUCUCCUCCGUGGCGGCCUACGAGGGUCAGGUCGGUCAAUUGGCGUACAGCGCCAGUAAAGGUGCCGUCCGAAGCAUCGUUCUCCCGCUGGCACGGGAGUUGGGCCAAAAGGCCGGGAUAAGAGUCAUGGGCGUCGCGCCGGGAGUGUUCCAGACCGGCAUGACCGUUCCGCCGAAGAAGAAACCACCACCAUCGCAAGAGCAGCAACCGGGCAAGAAAGAAGGAGCUGAGAAAGAAGGAGCCAAGAAAGAAAAGGGAGCUACAGGCGCGAGAGCGGGCAUGAAUACAGAGAUGAUCCAAUAUCCCAUGCGAAUGGGCCAAGGGCAUGAAUUUGCCCGGCUCGUCAAGGAGAUGGUGGAGAACCCGAUGCUGAACGGGUUUGUCAUUCGACUCGACGGCGCAGUGAGGAUGCCCAGUCGGCUAUGA